GCAAAACAUCCUCAAAUAAAUCCAUCAGAAUGACACCUUCUCAGGUUACCUUUGAAAUAAGAGGAACUCUGUUUCCAGGAGAAGUUUUUGCUAUAUGUGGAAGCUGUGAUGCUUUGGGAAACUGGAAUCCUCAAAAUGCUGUGGCUCUCCUUCCAGAGAAUGAGACAGAUGAAAGCAUGUUUUAGAAAGCAACCAUUGUACUCAGUAGAGGAGAAUCAGUUCAGUAUCGCUACUUCAAAGGGUGCUUUUUAGAACCAAAGACUAUCGGUGGUCCGUGUCAAGUCAUAGUUCACAAGUGGGAGACUCAUCUACAACCACGAUCAAUAACCCCUUUAGAAAGUGAAAUUAUUAUUGACGAUGGACAAUUUGGAAUCCACAAUGGUGUUGAGAAUUUGGAUUCAGGAUGGCUGACGUGUCAGACUGAAAUAAGAUUACGUUUGCAUUAUUCUGAAAAGCCUCCUGUCUCUAUAACCAAGAAGAAAUUUAAAAAAUCUAGAUUUAGAGUGAAGCUGACACUAGAGGGUCUGGAGGAAGACGAUGAUGAUACGGUGUCUCCCACUGUUCUUCACAAAAUGUCCAAUACCCUGGAGAUAUCCUUGAUAAGCGACACUGAGUUCAAGUGCAAGCAUUCACAGCCGGAUUGUGGGUAUGGUUUACAGCCUGAUCGUUGGACAGAAUAUAGCAUACAGACAAUAGAGCCAGAUAAUUUGGAACUAAUAUUUGAUUUUUUUGAGGAAGAUCUCGGUGAACAUGUAGUUCAGGGUGAUACUCUUCCUAGACAUGUGGGUACAGCAUGCCUAUCAUCUACCAUUGAUGAGAGUGGGAAAAGUGCUGGAGUCCUCACUCUUCCUAUCAUGAGCAGAAAUUAAACUAUAGGCAAAGUAAGAGUUGACUAUAUAAUUAUUAAGCCAUUACCGGAAUACAGUUGUGACAUGAAAUUUUCAUUUUCCAAGUAUUGGAAGCCAAGAACACCACUGGAUGUUGGACAUCGAGGUGCGUGGAAUUCUACAACAACUGCUAAGCUUGCUAAAGUUCAAAAAAAUACUAUUGCUUCUUUAAGAAAUGCUGCUAAUCAUGGUGCAGCCUUUGUGGAAUUUGAUGUACAUCUUUCAAAAGAUUUUGUGCCUGUGGUGUAUCAUGACCUCACCUGUUGUUUGACUAUGAAAAAGAAAUUUGAGGCUGAUCCUGUUGAAUUAUUUGAAAUUACAGUAAAGGAAUUAACAUUUGACCAACUCCAGUUGUUAAAGCUUACUCAUGUGACUGCACUAAAAUCUAAAGAUCUAAAAGAAUCUGUGGUUGAAGAAGAAAAUUCUUUAUCUGAUAAUCAGCCAUUUCCUUCUCUUAAGAUGGUUUUAGAGUCGUUGCCAGAAGAUGUAGGGUAUAACAUAGAAAUAAAGUGGAUCUGCCAACAAAGGGAUGGAAUUUGGGAUGGUAACUUAUCAACAUAUUUUGACAUGAAUCUGUUUUUGGAUAUCAUUUUAAAAACUGUCUUAGAAAAUUCUGGAAAGAGAAGAAUAGUGUUUUCUUCAUUUGAUGCAGCUAUUUGCACAAUGGUUCGGCACAAACAGAACAAAUAUCCCAUAUUAUUUUCGACUCAAGGAAAGUCUGAUAUUUACCCUGAACUCAUGGACCUCAGAUCUCGGACAACUGCUAUUGCAAUGAGUUUUGCACAGUUUGAAAAUCUACUGGGGAAAAAUGCACAUACUGAAGAUCUGCUCAGAAACCCAUCCUACAUUGAAGAGGCAAAAGCUAAGGGACUAGUCAUAUUCUGCUGGGGUGAUGAUACCAACAACCCGGAAAACAGGAAGAAAUUGAAGGAAUUUGGAGUUAAUGGUCUAAUUUAUGAUAGGUAUUUGUUUUUCACGAAAAACUUCCAUGAACUGUUAGCAAAAAAGUAGCUUUCAUUUUAUAGCAUAAAUACUACUAAACUUAGUUAAAAUUCAGUAGCUCAGCCUGAGGUUUAUCUUAACAUUUGUCAGUGGAAUUUUUCAUACUUUGGAAAUCACGUGGGAAGCUUGUUCUGGUGACUGGGCACUAAGUUACCUUGAGGGUGAGGCUGUCUGCCCCAGACCACUUCAGUCUACACCAGCUUUCUUAAUGAUCUUACCCAGUUCUGUGGCUUUUCAUACCUUUAUAUAUUCCUAAAUUUUUAUAUCUCCAACUCAGAUCUUUCCCUUGAUCUCUAUCUAAACUUUUUUUAUAUAUAUAAAUAUAUUUUUAUUGAUUUGAGAGAGGGAGAAAGAGAUACAAACAUUAAUGAUAAGAGAGAAUUAUUGAUCAGCUGCCUCCUGCAUGCCCCCCACUGGAGAUCUAGCCUGCAACCUGGGCAUGUGCCCUGACCGGGAAUGGAACUGUGACCUCCUGGUUCGUAAGUCAAAACUCAGUCACUGAGCCGUGUUGGUUGGCUCUCUUUACUUUUUUUUAUCUAGCUAUAGAUUUAACCGAUUUCAGUAUAAAUGACAACUCUGUCUUUCCAGUUUCUCAGGCCAAAUCCUUGAAGUCCUUCAUGAUUCUGUUCUUUAUCUCAUAUCCCAAAUCCAGUCAAACAAAAUCAUGUUGAUUCUAUCUUCAAAUAUAUCCUGAAUCUAUCAACUCAAAAAAAAAAAA